AUGCUGCAGCCGUUGUACACUUCGAUUUGCUUCCUACUUUUCCUCUUAGCCAUAGGGGAAAACCACCUUCACGUCACAGCUGCUUCUCCCCCCCAUCAAGAGGCGGCGAGCUUCUAUCAAGUCCUUAAGCUGGCAAAGGGUGCGACGGAUACGGAAGUGAAGAGGGCUUACCGAAAACUGUCGCUCGAGCUGCAUCCCGACAAGGUGAAGGCUAAGAAUGGCGAUACCAAGGCUGCGGAAGAACUCUUCCAGCAAAUUAACCGCGCCUACCAGGUUUUGUCGAACAGCAAAUCGCGGCGCCUCUUCGACACCUACGGGCCUCUCUACGAAACUCAGGAGAGUUAUUACGAAGAGUUGCAGAAGAAUAGGAUGCAUGAGCUCUAUAGCUACAAGAGAGGCGUGCACCUCCUUCAUGGACCAAACAUGGACGCUCUUCUAAGGGGAUCCGAGUUCUCUUGGAUCAUUAGCUUCUACCAGGCUGGAUGCGGAAACUGCGAGCGGCGUGUACCCUUCUUCUCUGCUCUUGGGGAAAAAUCGCUUGAAACCCAGAAUGUGCGGGUUGGAAUGGUAAACUGCCAAAUGUCACACUUGUGCCACUAUUUUGGAAUCCACCAGCUGGGACAGGUACUCCUGUUUUCCCCUCAGCAAGAGGGAGGCGACUCAUGGGAUUUUGAGGAAUACUCUGGGCCCAUGUCCGUAUCGGACAUACUCAAGGCAGCAGACCAGCUGAAAGCUUCACGGCUUGAGGAGGCUUCCAGUGACAGACACGUCAAGGAGCAACUUCGAAAGCUCCCGUCAGGAGGAGCCGGCGGAAUCUCUGCCGUCUGGGUCGUCGAUUACUACAGACCUUCUUGUCCUCCGUGUCGCCAGCUUCGCGCAGAGCUCCGUCGCUUAAGUCGCACGCUCUCUCAGCAAAUCCGCAUCACACUCGUAAACUGCGACCUAGGGAGGUGCGACGUUCCCCAUUACCCCUACCUUCGCCUUUUUGUGAAGCACUCGAAUGGCAUUAUCCGGAGCCACUCGCUUCCAUAUGGCACCGGUGACCAUCCGGGGGCCACUGCGAUCCAGCUAACCGCUUUUAUCUUCAACACCGUUUUAGGGCUGGAGCCUCCGCCUCUCCCAAGCCAAGAUAACGACAAGAUUCAAAGGGACGAGUUGUAG